AAAAAGACAUCUGCAUCCCCUAAACCUCGCAAAAGCCCAACCCAAACCCUAGCACCCCGCGAACGGCAACCUCCCUGGUCCGAUGGAUUUCGCUCACCGGAAGGCGGCGGCGCUGGCCGCGCUCUCCUCGCCGGCGCCGGACAAGUCCCCGAAGGGCGGCGUUGACGCUCCCAUCGCCCCGCUCCUCGAAGUGCUCAACUCCCAUCCAGACCUCUUCACUACCUCCUCCUGCUCCGGCCGCGUUUCCGUCCUCGCGCAGCCGCAGGAGGGCCAGGGCCAGGGCGCCGCCAAGCCGAAGAAGAAGGCGCGCGGCGGCGGGUGGGUGUACGUGUCGCACGACCCCGCCGAUCCGGACGCCGUGGUGAAACAGCUGUUCGGUGGGAGCGGCUCGGGAGCGGCUGGGGACGAGCUGGUGUUCAGGUUCGAGCCGAUGAUCGUGGCGGUGGAGUGCAGGGACGCCGCCGCAGCUGCGGCGCUCGUCGCCGCCGCGAUCAGCGCUGGUUUCCGGGAAUCAGGUAUCACAAGCUUGCAGAAACGUGCAAUGGUGGCAAUAAGAUGCUCGAUUCGUAUGGAAGUGCCAUUGGGGCAGAUUGAUGAACUUGUUGUUUCUCCGGAGUACAUCCGUUACCUUGUCAGAAUUGCCAACUGUAAAAUGGAGGCAAACAAAAAACGAAUGGAUGGAUUUCUAGAUCUUUUGCAGACUGAGGGUUUGUCAGGUUCGCCAGGGUUGUUAAAUAAUUGUAACGGAAGUAAUAGUCAGACUGUUGAUCACAGGGCUUCCCUGGGUUGUGAAGUUAAGAUAUCAUUGGAUAAAGGUGCCAAGAAAAAUAAUGACUUAGUUACAAAAAGGAGAAAUGGUGGUAAAAACUGUGAUGCUGAUGACAGAGGUGAUAGUGAAAUCGGGGAAGGUUCACUAGAAGCACAGUAUUUUGAAAAUCAAGACCCUACAUGGAGCAAGGGCGCCGAGCAUGGUUUUGGUAAUGCUAAACGAGUAGUGCUGGAGGAGAAGUUGCCCGGAAACAAAAAGUAUCAUCUAUCUACUGCUGCAUUGAAGAUUAGUGGAGAACCAAUCGAGAAGCUCUUAUUAUGGGGCCAAUCAUCUUGUGUGUUUCCUGUUGGAGGAGAGCAACGGGUCCUAACUUUUGGUGGUUUUGGAGGACCAGGAAGGCAUUCAAGGAGAAACUAUUCCCUUCUGCUUGAUCACAAAUCUGGUUUGUUGACAGAGAUGAUCUUUAAAGAGUCUCCUUCACCACGGAUGGGCCAUACGGUUACUUCUGUUGAUAAUAGCACCUUUGUUAUUGGAGGUAGGGGUGGUCCUUCAGAAAUUCUUGAUGAUGUCUGGGUCUUACAAAGCACUGAGAAUACCUGGUUAAGACUGGAGUGCAGUGGAAAUAUCUUCCGCCCAAGGCACCGGCAUGCUGCAGCUGCAGUAGCUUCAAAAAUAUAUGUCUUUGGUGGACUUAGUAAUGAAGGCUUAUAUUCCUGCAUGAAUAUACUUGACACGAAAAGUAUGGAAUGGAGCAUGGUUGCUGCUGCUGGCGAAUGGCCGUGUGCUCGACAUUCACAUUCUCUGGUGUCUUAUGGUUCAAAGUUAUUCAUGUUUGGAGGUCAUGAUGGUCAACAUGCACUGAAGGACUUCUACAGUUUUGAUACAACAACACUUGAGUGGAACAAGGAAAGCACAUACGAGGGAACUCCAUCACCUAGGUUUUCACAUUGCAUGUUCAUCUACAAAAAUUAUCUUGGGAUACUUGGGGGUUGCCCUAUUACAGGAAACAAUCAAGAAGUUGCAUUGCUAAACUUAAAGCAUGGAGUCUGGUUGUCUGUUUCCAUUCCCUUGUUGAGCCAGUGCCUCUGUGUCCGUAGUUCAUCGAUUGUCAUUGAAGAUCAUCUUGUUAUUUUAGGUGGUGGUGCAUCUUGCUAUGCAUUUGGGACCAAAUUUAAUCAACCAAUAAUAGUUGAUCUGCAUUCAGUGGACUCUAUGUUUAAACAUGAUGACAAGAAGGAUGGCACGCCUGUACAAAGUUGUGAUGCAAUCCCUACUGUUGACUUAUCAAGAGAUGAAAAAAAGGGUCAUGAUAAGUCACAAAAUGAUUCUCAUUCUGGUGGUUUUACUGAUUCAGGCCCUCUGGUUCUUCAACUGGAAAAGAAGUAUGCUAAAUUAGCAAAGGACAUUCUGAAAAAGUUUGGAUGGUUGGAUCUUGCUAGAAAAGUUCGAGUGAGCCAUGAUAACAGCCAUGUUCUUUUUCCUGUCAAUGAAGUCUUCCAUGUCCUAAAUACUGAUGACCACAUGAUGAUGGAACAUAAGUCAUGUAACCUUGAUGAAACGUUAGCAUUUACUGAAAAGAAGCUUGCGGGAGAUAACGUAUCUCUUCAAAAUGCAUUAAAAUUUUUGUCAUCUUGCAAUGGUUCCUUUUUGAAAGAUGAACUAGCCAUCAGCCGAAAGCCUUCCAAGUCUCCUCAAAACAUCAUGAAGGAACUUGUAUCUUCUCUUCUAGAAACUAAAGGAAUGCCCUCUCAGUUGUUGGAGCAGCUCCCAGCAAGGUGGGAGAUACUUGGUGACAUCAUCAUACUCCCAAAGACAUGUUUUAAGGAUCCAUUGUGGGAAUCGGUUAGCGAGGAACUCUGGCCACUAGUUGCCAAGUCACUCGGCGCACAACGUCUUGCACGUCAAGGUAAAAUCAUACCAAAUGGUACAAGAGAUAGUACACUGGAACUUCUUCUGGGUGAUAACGGAUGGGUUACCCAUCAUGAAAAUGGCAUCUGUUAUUCACUUGAUGCAACAAAAUGUAUGUUUUCUUCUGGUAACCGUUCGGAGAAGCUUCGCAUGGGACAGCUUGACUGUAGAGAUGAGGUGGUUGUGGAUUUGUUUGCUGGAAUCGGAUACUUUGUUCUCCCAUUUCUCGUGAAGGCUAAUGCUAAGUUCGUUUAUGCAUGUGAAUGGAAUCCACAUGCUCUGGAGGCUCUUCGACGCAAUGUUUGUGACAACCACGUACAGGAACGAUGUAUUAUACUCGAAGGAGAUAACCGUGUGACUGCACCCAAAGGUGUUGCUGAUCGAGUUUGUCUCGGAUUGUUACCCUCAAGUGAAUGUAGCUGGGCCACUGCUGUUAGAGCUUUAAGGGUUGAAGGAGGCAUAUUGCAUAUACAUGGGAAUGUCAAUGACUCGGAUGAGACACGGUGGCUGGACAAUGUUGUUGAAUCCAUCAGUAACAUUGCCAAAGCUCACGGACUAUCUUGGAGUGUCUCUUCGGAGCAUGUCGAACGUGUCAAAUGGUAUGGGCCACAUAUUCGACACCUUGUGGUUGACGUAAGAUGCCGGCCAAUCUAACAAAGCAAACGCGUUGAGAAAUGCAUUCUGUACUUACCGGGCCCUGGGAUGCUCGGGCGCAUUGUUGCAUACUGUAUUGUACUACAGUUAUGUUCGAUCGUGUUUUAGCCCAGGAGUUGCUUUUUACUCUCGUAUUAGCCAUCAGGGAGCCUCUGUAACCUUAAAAAAACAUGUUAUUGACGAAAUUUGCAACUACAGCAAAGUUGCGUUCUUGUACGGAUUAUUUUAUGUACCAUUUUACAUUAAAGAUAAUUUAUGCUGUUUCUGAACAUUUUAGUAGUUA